AUGCUAACAGCUAUAGCAACGAUGUUGGUACCCCUUGCCGUGGCUCAGAAUAGUAUCGUAUAUUACGUCAUCCUAAGAAUUUGUCAGGGCAUAAGUUUUACGAUAUGUAUGCCAACCACUGGUGCUGUAACGUCCAACUGGGCCUCUCUUCAACAGAGUGGGCUAUUCAUUUCAACCCUGUCAUCUUUUAGCCAACUGGCUGCUGUCUUCACAAUGGCCACUUCUGGUAAGCUAUGUGCGUCAAAUUUCGGAUGGCCAGCUGUCUAUUAUUUACAUGCCGGAAUAUCAUUUAUAGCAUUUACAGCGUGGGUAUUGUUGUAUAGAAAUCAACCAGUCGAACAUCCGUUAGUAGAUCAGGUCGAGCUAGAAGAAAUAAACCGUGGUCGAUCAACGGUCACUUCGCUAUCGGUAGCUAAAAAGCAUCAGAAAAUACCGUAUUUAGCAAUUUUAACUACACCUGCUAUCUGGGGUGUAUGGGCAGCAGCUAUCGGUGAUCUGAUGACAUUACAGGUAAUACAUACAUUCAGUCCACAGUAUAUCAGAGAAAUCCUCGGAUAUUCGGUAGAACACACCGGUUUCUCCGCUGCUCUUCCAGUGCUAGUCCAAUUUCUUUUUAAGAUUUUUGCUGGCUACACCAGUGAUAAGUUGCGUAUCUUAUCAGAAACAAUGAAAUUACGUUUAUAUAAUAGCAUAGCACUCGGAGUUUCUGCAGUUUUCCUCAUUAUUUUGGCAUUUUUACCUCAAGGCUAUCCAUUAACGGGGAUCAUUUUGUUAACAUUGGCAACUUCAAUGUAUGGUUUCAAUGGAGCUGGUUUUAAUAAGUGCGCUGUCUUAGUAUCCAGACAAUACAGUGCCUUUGUGCUUGGACAUAUUCAAAUUCUCUGGUGCCUUGCUAUGCUACUAUCACCAAUUUUGGUUAAUGGACUGAUUGGUGAGGGAACGAUCUAUGAUUGGAGAUUCAUAUAUCUGCUACAUGCGUUCUUUUCGCUUAUCACCAAUGUAUUCUUCUGUAUGCUAGCCGCUUCUGAUGUAGCAUGGUGGACAGAUGAUGAAUGUGUAAAGGCACGUAUGAGAAGUGGUGAUUCCUUCUGGUGGUGGAAAAUGAAAACAUAG